AUGGGUUAUCUGCAUUGCGUUACAUGUUAUGCACUUUCUAUUAAUGGUGCUGAUUUUGAUUGCCCGUUGGAUUUGAGUUGGCCAAACUACGAACUGAUAGCUUCGGUAUGCUCGGAUGAAAAUGGGCACUCAAAGUGUUGCCGUUACAUCAAUGCUGUUAUUGCGGUCUCAUCUGCAAUGUAUGCAAACACGACAGGCAUUCUUGGGGUUCCAGAUGAACUCUCUGAUGCUUGCAUUGCCAAUAUCUCUGAUACAUUGGUAUCAAAGGGAAUUCUGCCUACCGCCGCUUCAUUUUGUGGCCUUGGGAUCAAAAUCCAAGUUUCCUACCAGUGUAUCGGGAUGACUACCAUCCUCCAGAUGUUACAGUCUCCGAAUUUCAGUGAUGUCACUAGGAGCUGUGCAACUCUUCUUCCAGAUGAUGUCAGUUGCAAGAAGUGCUUAAACACCGGUCUGUCAUACCUCCGCCAUCUUGUGGGAGAACAAGAUAAUGUCACGUUGAAUACCUGCCGUGAUGCUGCUUUUGUUGCAUUUGUGAGUCAAGGGAAUAUAUCUACUCUUGAUACAGCGAGUUGCUUUUUUAGUGUCCAGGGGCUUAGCGCUCUUCAAGUGAACAUCUCUGUGCCAUCCCCAGCUGGACUUAUUGCACCAGAUAUUGCUCCCAGUCCACUUGGAAUGCAAAUUCCUGGGGAGCAUGUUACUGGAGUGCUAUCUAAGCAUCGUCGUAGUUACAAGCUUGCACUAUUCCCUGCAAUUGGGGCUUUGGUUACAGGAUUAGCAGUUAUACUAAUGAUAGUAUUGAUUUUGCUCAUCCGUAAAAAGAGUAGAGAACUAGAGAAGAUUGAAGGAACUAACCCUCUUGAUGCGUGGAGUUCCUGUCUGAAGAAGGGCCAAGAAGGUGGUUCUACCAUUUUCGACAGAUUUAGCUACAGACAGAUUAAGAAGGCGACAAGAAACUUUGGCAUUGUGUUGGGAGGAGGUGAAAAGGGCACAAUAUUCAAAGGGAAACUGAGUGAUGGUUCUGUGGUCGCUAUAAGGCGCAUAGAAAGCUCGGCAAAACAAGGACAGCUGGAAUUCUGCAAAGAAAUGGAACUUCUUGGACGACUGCACCAUCGUCAUCUUGUUGGACUUAAAGGCUUUUGUUUAACAAGAUAUGAUAGGUUCCAGGUCUAUGAAUACAUGGAAAAUGGAAGCCUUAAGGAUCACCUCCAUUCAUCUGGAAAACGUCUUUUACCAUGGAAAAAUAGGAUCCAAAUUGCCAUUGAUAUUGCAAAUGCUUUAGAGUACCUUCAUUUCUAUUGUGAUCCACCAUUAUGCCAUGGAGACAUAAAGCCUAGCAAUGUCCUCUUGGAUAGAAAUUAUCUAGCCAAGCUUGCCGUCUCUGGUCUUGUACAAUGUUCAAGUGGUGAUAGUAGUACUAACAGUUCCACCCUAGUGAAGGUGAAUAUCCAGGCAACUCCUGGCUACAUGGACCCUUGUUACGUGGUGACUCAGGUGCUGACGGCGAAGAGCGACGUCUACAGCUACGGCGUGCUGCUGCUGGAGCUGGUGACGGGGAAGGCCGUGGUGCAGGACAGCAGGAACCUGGUGGAGUGGUCCCGAGAGCUGAUCGGCACCGACUGCCGGCUGCACGAGCUGGUCGACCCGGCGGUCGCCGACGCGUUCGACCUCGACGAGCUGCAGGUGAUGGCGGACGUGAUCCACUGGUGCACCCACAGGGACGGCGCCGCGCGGCCGUCGAUGAAGCAGGUGCUCCGCAUCCUGUACGAGCGCCUCGAUCCGCUGUCCGGCGGCCUCGCGCGCGCCGUCGCCGCCGGCGAGGAGGCCUGCUACUACUACUACGGGAGCGGGCGGAAGGGGAAGGAGGAGGCGGAGGUGGAGCUGCGCCGCGGCGGCGGCGGCGACGUGCUGCAGCUCAGCGGCGAGGCCCGGUGCCUGCCGUCGUCGUCGAGCACGUCCAGGUCGUACUGCAGCCGCAGCGUGCUGCUGCAGUGCAACUCGCCGGAGGCGCCCCAGUCGCCGAACCCGAACGGCGCGCCCCCGCCGUGAUACGAUACGAUCCGGCCCAAGUUUUUUUUUUUAAAAAAAAAAAUGUCGGCAGUAGCGUAGCAGGCAGCACAUCAAUCGCGCCGACAAAAUUUUGCAGGCCUGGAACAUAUAGCGAGCACUGAACUCUAACUGGACUGAAAGAGAGAGAUCGGGCGGCAGCAAGCUGCCAAGUUUUGAGGCAUGUUCAUGGCAGGGACAGAUGCUGCAUUUAGGGCUUGUUUAGGUUCGUGUGAGUGAGUGAUGGAGCAGUGGCCCAAGGUGCUGGGUCAUGAGAGACGACACGCAUGAGUGGAAGGGGAGAACGCUGUUUUCGUUCAGCGUCCCUAGGUCGAGUUGGUGGCUGCUCCAUCGAUGAUCACAGCAUUGAUGAAACGUUGGGAAACGUCA